GAAGAGAGAGAGAGAGAGAGAGAGAGAGAGAGAGAGGAGAGAAGAGAGAGAGAAAGAGAUAGAGAGAGGAGGAGAGAGAGAGGAAGAGAGAGAGGGAGAGAGAGAGAGAGAGAGAGAGAGAGAGAGAGAGAGAGAGAGAGAGAGAGAGAGAGAGGGAGAGGAGAGAGAGAGAGAGAGAGAGGGAGAGAGAGAGAGAAAGAGAGAGAUAAGGGGAGAGAGAGAGAGAGAGAGAGAGAGAGAGAAGAGAGAGAGAGAGAGAGAGAGAGAGAGAGAGAGGCAGUGAGAGACGAUCCCCCUCAAUCCCGUCACUCUUCCCCCCAUCAAUCCCGCCGCCAAUCCUCCCCCCCUCAGUCAAUCCCAAUUGAGAAGUGAAUGAUUGAUAGAGUGAGAGUGCACAC